GUGCAGAGCGUGUGAAUGGCACGCUUCGAAGAUAAGGUGAGAAAGCACUUGAUCCGUGUCAAGCAUAUGGUUAGACACGCUUGGCUUCCUUCACACGCGUGAGAAACCCUAGUUCGCAAACUUGCCGGAUCUUAGCCGGAAAACUUCCCGGAACAAAUAAAUUAUCAUUUCCGUCACUCUUCUCCGGACAAUUCGCCGGAAUAUUUAUUCCUCUAUUUAUAUGGAGCUGAAGAGCCAAGCUUUGGUAAUCAUAUCAAAAAUGUCUUCUGGAGUAUUUUAGUCUAAUUAUUAUGCUGACGCAUGAUACAGAGUGUACGCAAUGUUAUCUAUAUCUGAUGUUUGAAAUGUAGUAGAACUUGAGGAAAAUAAGUGGAAAAAGAAAAUCUGGAAUGGCAUCAGAGAUGCAGAGAUAUGAUACAAACGAAGAUGACGAAGAGAUGGAUGUGAAAGAAGAAGAUGAUGAGGAUGAUGAUGACGAAGAGAAGAAUGCAGCCAUGCAUGCAAUGGGGGGUGUUGAUGGGGGACAUGGAUCUAGCAGCAAUAAUAGGUUUCAACACCAUCAGCAAUAUCAGGAGCAACCAACCCCUGGGGGAUCCCGUAGAUGUAGGCCAUUAGAAGAGAAGGAAAGAACAAAGCUUAGGGAGCGACAACGAAGAGCUAUUACUGCAAAGAUCUUGACUGGACUCCGAAGGCACGGGAACUAUAACCUUAGAGUUAGGGCUGAUAUCAAUGAUGUAAUUGCUGCUUUGGCAAGGGAAGCAGGUUGGGUUGUUCUUCCAGAUGGAACCACCUUUCCCUCAAGAUCACAACCACAGGGCACAGGCACUGCUGGUGGGACACCCACCACAAUGGUGACUUCAUCAUCUUCACAUAUACCUACACAACAUGCUCCACUUGCUUCGUUGAAAGGCAUGCCCUCUGGGUUUCAAAAUAUAGCCGAUCAGAGCGCCUCUCAAAUGAAAAGUGUCUUUGUACCUUCUUCACCGCCUUAUGAUUCAUCCUCCGCUGCCCGAUCGCAAACUUCGCCCUUGGUGGCAGAUGGACGAGAAGCACAAAAUGACCCAUUUCUUGUAGGAUCUGUAGAUUCAAUUGACAAGCAGGUGAAAUGGGUUGUUGACAUACAUACAAAGUUACAGGAGCGUGAUUUUGCUGGGACACCCUACAUUCCUGUUUAUGUUAUGCUACCUUUAGGAGUUAUUAAUAUGAAGUCUGAGCUUGUUGAUGCGGAUGGUCUAGUGAAGCAACUGAGAGUGCUAAAGUCAAUAAAUGUUGAUGGUGUGAUGGUGGAUUGUUGGUGGGGCAUAGUAGAGGCAAAUGUUCCACAGGAAUAUAACUGGAAUGGAUAUAAAAGGCUUUUUCAAGUUGUGAGGGAGCAUAAACUCAAAAUAAAGGUUGUGAUGUCUUUCCAUGAAUGUGGAGGUAACAUUGGUGAUGAUGCUUGCAUUCCACUACCUCACUGGGUAUCCGAAAUAGGUCGAAGCAAUCCUGAUAUAUAUUUUACGGACAGAGCAGGACGACGGAACCCUGAAUGUCUCUCGUGGGGAAUUGACAAAGAGCGAGUUUUGAGAGGCCGCACUGCUGUAGAGGUCUAUUUUGAUUAUAUGAGAAGCUUUCGAGUUGAAUUUGAUGAGUUCUUUGAGGAUGGUAUUAUUUCCAUAGUUGAAGUUGGACUAGGCCCAUGUGGGGAGCUAAGGUAUCCCUCUAAUCCUGUAAAGCAUGGCUGGAGGUAUCCCGGAGUUGGUGAAUUCCAGUGUUAUGACCAGUAUUUGCUGAAAAGCCUACGGAAGGCAGCUGAAGCAAGAGGACACUCAUUCUGGGCACGAGGACCUGACAAUGCUGGUUCCUACAUUUCACGGCCACAAGAGACCGGAUUUUUUUGUGACGUUGGUGAUUAUGAUGGGUAUUAUGGUAGGUUUUUCCUCAGUUGGUACUCUCAAGUUCUGGUUGACCAUGCAGAUCGCGUGCUUUCUUUGGCCAAGUUAGCUUUUGAUGGGACAUGCAUUGCUGCAAAGCUAUCAGGAAUUCAUUGGUGGUAUAAGACAGCUAGCCACGCUGCUGAAUUAACAGCUGGGUUUUAUAACCCGAGCAAUCGAGAUGGUUAUGUUGUGAUCGCGGCAAUGCUGAAGAAGCAUGGAGCUGCAUUGAACUUCAAGUGUGCUGAAAUGAGCAUGUUAGAGCAGGCAGUGGACUUCUCUGAGGCUCUAGGUGAUCCUGAAAGAUUAGCCUGGCAAGUGCUGAAUGCUGCUUGGGAUGUUUCUCUGCCAGUUUGCAGUGAAAAUGCACUUCUGUGUCAUGAUAGAGGAGGCUACAAUUGUUUACUGGAAAAAGCAAAACCCUUAAAUGAUCCGGACGGGAAGCAUAUUUUUGCUUUUACCUACCUUAGGCUCAGUCCCCUUCUCAUGGACGGCCAGAACUACAUGGAAUUUGAACGAUUUGUUAAGCGAAUGCAUGGUGAAGCAGUCCUUGAGUACCAAUCGUAGUUUGGGAGAGCAGGCAAUCUUCAAAAUGUGCAUAAGUUCCCUCUUCCUUAGGGAAAGCAGGAUAUUUAUUCAGUGUAAUGUAAGCAUAGUGCAGGAGAGCAAGCAAUCUUCAGCUUGGGCGCGCGCAUGUGGGAUUAUAUUUCUGUAGUACAAUGUAAGAAUAGAGUUCUAAAGGAAAUAUGACGAAGCUGUGUGUCCAGGAGAGCAAGCAAUCUUCAGCUUGUGCGCGCGCAUGUGGGAUUAUAUUUCUUUAGUUCAAUGUAAGAAUAGACUUCUGUAGGAAAUGUGACGAAGCUGUGUCCUCUGGUCACUGUUGUAUUGCAACUUGACCUAAGAUGUAUGGUUCAUGUUGAAGAUGAUCGCAUCAUUUCAAUUGUAGAAAGCAAAACCAGUUUCAGCUGCUGAAAGGAUGGAUUACUAGUAUGAUGAAACUGGAUCUUAAAACAGUGAUGUACUUGUCAUAAAGAUUAUAUAGUCCGCUUGCAAGAUCUUAGAGUUCUGUCAUUUGCGCUUUAAUGUGGGAAUUAUGUUAUUUAUAACUUUAUAAAGUAUGUUAACUCA